AUGGAGUUCGAAGGUCUUUCUAUAUUUGAUCACUUCGAAUUCCAUGACGAAGAGUACAUUGUUCAGAGAAAGGGUGAGUCUGAAUAUAAAGUAGUUAUCAAAACGUUAUCGAAAGACACACGCCAAUUGGAUGAUUGUUUGGGUCGGACAUUGUGGGAUGGUGAAAAGUACCUAGGCGACUACCUGAUGCAAGAAAAUGUUACUAAUAAAAGAAUAUUAGAGGUCGGUGCGGGUGUUGGAUAUGCCUCCUUUUGUUGUCGAGGUGCAAAAGAGGUCAUUAUGAGUGAUUUUAGAGACAACAUUUUGAAAGUCCAGUGCGAGAACAUUGAGAUGAACAAAAAUGUUAUUCAAAAUGUUUUUUCACAAAAAAUUGAUUGGAAUAAUCCCGUAGAUAUAGGCGAAUUUGACUUAAUCGUUGGAUCUGAAAUUAUAUAUGACAAAACUAUAGUUAAACCAUUGUUCAAUACUAUUCAAAAGUAUUUGAAAAAAGACGGGAAGUGCAUAAUCUUCAACCAAAUUGGUCGAUUUUUAAAUUGCGAGACUCAGUUUAACGAAGAGGUCUCAAAAAACAAUUUUUGUGUUGACGUCAAGACGUUUGGAGAUGUGUCAUCAGUGUUGUCAUCAUACAAACGGUUUACCCUAACAAAACCCUAA